AUGUCAGAUUCCAACAAAACUGAUUUCACCAACCCCUCCACCUUCAUCCUUCUGGGCAUUCCUGGCCUGGAGGCGGCCCAUGUCUGGAUCUCCAUCCCCUUCUGUGCCAUGUACAUCAUAGCUGUCUCGGGGAACUUCACCAUCCUGUUCAUCGUGAAGAUGGAACAAAGCCUCCAUGGGCCCAUGUACUAUUUCCUCUGCAUGCUGGCCCUCACCGACCUGGUCCUGGCUACAUCCAUCCUGCCCAAGACGCUGAGCAUCUUCUGGUUCAAUUCCAGGGAGAUCAAUUUCAGUGCCUGCCUCACCCAGAUGUACUUCAUUCACUGCUUCUCAGCUAUGGAGUCUGGGAUCCUGGUAGCCAUGGCUUUGGAUCGCUACGUGGCCAUCUGCCACCCCCUGAGACAUUCCACCAUCCUGACAAACCCCGUGGUGGCCAAGAUUGGCCUGGCCAUGGUGCUGCGUGCCUUCAUGCUCGCACUGCCCACUCCCUUCCUGGCAAGACUGUGGCCAUAUUGCAGAACGAACAUCAUCCCCCACACGCACUGUGAGCACAUCGCCGUGGUGAAGCUGGCCUGCGCCGACACCCGUGUCAGUAGUUACUACGGCCUCUUUGUGGUAUUCUUUUUGACUGGUCUGGAUGUGCUUUUUAUUGCUGUGUCCUACACCCAGAUCCUCAUGGCCAUUUUCCGCCUCCCCACAAAGGACGCUCGGCUCAAGACAUUCAGGACCUGCAGCUCCCACUUCUGUGCCAUCUUAGCCUUUUACAUUUCAUCUCUCUUCUCCUCCCUCACGCACCGUUAUGGGCACUAUGUGGCCCUGCAUUUCCAUGUUCUCAUGGCCAACGUGUACCUCCUGGUGCCCCCCGUGAUAAAUCCCAUCAUCUAUGGGGUGAGGACCAAACAGAUCCGGGACAGGCUGCUCUGGCUCUUUACUCAUAAAGGGACCUAA